AUCGACUCAUUCAACCACCCACCCCAGGCAGACCUUCCCGCAAUCACGCAGUGCUUGUACCAUCCUCUUGGUACAAUACACUCCAUCAGCAUGAUCCGUCUACGUCCCACAGCAUCAACCAUGACACACGCAAGACUCGCCUCUCGUCUCAUACCCCAUCUCCGACACGUCCGGCACAGCUCCACAUUGCCUACGAGGUCCCCCAGGGAUCUAUACAACCACCUGUCUCAAUAUGUAAUCGGUCAAGAAGCUGCCAAGAAGGUCCUGUCCGUCGCCGUGUUCAACCACUAUCGCCGUAUUGCACCCCUGCUAGCAGGUCGGAACGAGCCCGAGUCUCCACGCUCAUCCGAACGGGAGGAUGCCCCAAAGAAUGACGUUGUGGACUGGGAUCAGCCACCAAACUUCGAGGCGGACUUUGAAACCAGCAACCCAGUACGCGACUCGACGCGCGUAACAGGCGCCGAGGACGGCUCAGAUCCAACCCUUACGCACGAAGCCUUGUCGCGCGAGGAAAAGUGGGCCCGCGGAGACGGGUACUUCUCUUCACGACGUCCGUCGCUGCUUGGCAAGCUAGGGCGACGAGGCGAGUCUGACGCCCCAGCCACUCGCACAAAGGGGUCUCGGUCGUCUCCAGAGCGUGAAUCGCCAUCUCGGAAGAAGAAGGACGAGGAGGAUAAGCGUGAGGCGCGUCGGAUAGAAAACGAGGCUCGGGCUCGGCGCCAGGCAGAGCUCGAGGAGGCCAUUAAUCCCAAGACCCUUGAAGACGAUAUUGUCGUUGAGAAGAGCAAUGUUCUCGUGGUUGGCCCAACCGGCACCGGGAAGACACUGAUGGCCAAGACCCUUGCCCGCGCCUUGGACGUGCCGUUUGUCUCCUGCGACGCGACAACGUACACCCAAGCAGGAUACGUUGGAGAAGAUGUCGAGAGCUGUAUCCUGCGUCUCCUGCAAGCCGCCGACUACGACGUGUCGCGUGCGGAGGUCGGCAUCGUUCACAUUGAUGAGGUAGACAAGCUCGCACGACGUGGCGGUAACGAGUUCGGAACAUGGGGUGGUGGGCGUGAUGUCGGCGGCGAAGGAGUGCAGCAAGCCCUCCUGCGUAUCCUCGAAGGAACGACUGUGACUCUGUCCGCCAAGGCGCCCCCGAUUUCUUCAGGACAGAAUCAGGCGGGGUCCCCUCCCAGCACUACUGCUCCCCCUGCAGCGGGCAGCGUUUCGCCUGGCACCAAGCCCGAGGCAAGCACUUGGGAAUGGGAUCCGAACAACCCGAUGGGGCGAACCUUUGGCAACGCCCCGGGAAAGAAGGGCGUUCGGGAAGGCCUCCCAGGCUACCCUGGCUCAGGCGGCGGUGCCAACAAGGGUGACACCUUUGUGGUGGACACGAGCAACAUCCUCUUCAUCCUCUCCGGCGCGUUUGUGGGCUUGGACGCCAUCAUCUCCAAGCGUUUGGGCAAGGGCUCGAUCGGGUUUGGCGCUCCGCUAGCUGCCCCCACUGUCAGGGACACUCUAAAGGCAUCGACGACGGACUUGAAAGAUUACGGCUUGAUCCCAGAGUUCCUCGGCCGAUUGCCCGUGCUUUCAGUGCUCCAUCCGCUCGCCAAUGCGGAUCUCAUUCGCAUUCUGACCGAGCCCCGAAACGCCUUGAUCAAGCAAUACAAGGCUCUGUUCAGGGCCUACGGAUCAGAGCUACACUUUACUCACCGCGCCCUCGAAGCCAUUGCGCAGGAAGGCCUGGAUCGGGGUGGCGGUGCGCGAGGCCUUCGUGGUGUGCUUGAAGAGAUCCUCGUUGACGCCAUGUUCGAGGUGCCAGGAUCGGGUGUGCGCCACUGCCUUGUGACAGCAGCGACAGUAGGCCGGCGCCAACCAGCUCAAUACUUCUCGCGAGGACAGCGGCAUCUUCUUGAGGAUGCCAUGGACGCCGAGAAUGAGAAGAAGACGGGGCGCGUGCCACGUGCCGAUGAGUACGUCGAGGAGGAGAAGUUGCGGGCGUUUGGAUAGAACCAAGUUGUAGUGGCAUUGUAAUGAAGAACAAGC